UACGUCGACCGGAGAACCUUCCGCGUCGUUACGUUGUCCCCGUGCGCGCCGUCGUCGUCGUCGAGAGAUCGCGAGGGGGCCCGCGACCCGCGCGACCCUCCGAGCCCCCCCCGCCCGAGUUCGGUGUCCGUAUUUUUUCUUUUUAUUUCGUAAUUGCCGUCUCGUUCCAAGUUCACCGCGAACGAUCCUAUGAAAAAUUAGAAACGCGAAAGGAACGAUAUAUAUCGAGGAAUAUACAGUGCAGUGAGUCUGAAUCAGUGGAUCGUUCCUCGUCCACGGAUCUCGUCGGCGCUCGAAAGUGUUAAUAUGAAGGCGGAUCUGUGACGGGUGAAUGAGCGCGCGCGCGUGUACAUGAGUGCGUAAUCACGACGAGAGAGAGAGAGAGAGAGAGAGAGCAUAUCGAAGCAUCAUGCCAAGUGCCGCGAGAUAUCGAGGCGCGCGUUCCACCCGUUCCGCGUCGCUUCUUUGCGUCCUCCUCAUCGCCGUCACCGGCGCCCGCGGACUAAGCAAUGUGUCGAUCGACAUUCCAUUGGCAGUAGCAGCUGGUACAAGAGUCAACAUGUCCUGCAGAUACGAUUUACAAUCGGACACCCUUUACACUGUCAAAUGGUACAAAGGCUCGGAAUUUUUUCGAUAUGUCCCCAAGGAAUUGCCACCGAUUGCAGUGUUUGGAGAACUUGGGACGAAAGUUAUGACAAAUCAGAGCGACGCGUAUCGAGUGGUCCUGAACGGUGUGCAGCCCAAUCAUACCGGCAAAUAUCGUUGCGAAGUCUCCGGAGAUUCUCCCUCGUUUAAUACCGUAAUGGUUUCUGGUUACAUGCACGUAGCUAGUCUGCCGAACGGCCGUCCGCUGCUGCGGAUCGAGAAGAUGCGGUACGCGGUGGGCGAUACUGUACGUGGAAACUGCACGGUACCGUCGGGAAAUCCUCCGGCUAACGUGACGUGGACUGUCAACGGCACACCGGUGAACUCGAGUACCAUCAAGUUUAUUAAUGAGACAGUUGGCGACAAUCAACAGCACAUGACAGUUGCUGAAUUGGACUUGGAGACGAUGCAGGAUAGUUUCAGCAACGGCAGGUUACAGAUCGUUUGUCACGCCAACGUCUUUCAUUUAUAUAAAGAAACGGCUGAGGCAUCUCUGAAGGAAGAACGUCCAAGAUUGGCCUCCGUAUUAGGAACACGGGAAUCCUCCUACAUCGGUAGCGCAGCCAAGAGUGCCGCAGAAUACUUCUACAUCACUGCCAUAACUGCACUGUUGCUAUGCAGCCUGAGAUAACAUCAAUGAGCACGCAAUACGUUUUACGCGUACGAUUGUAUCGGGGACGGAGGGAGUAAAUCGUUUGUAAAAUUUUGAAAUUAUUAAAUGGGAUAAAACCUGGGAAGAGAAAUCUCUUUUGUUGAAAUAAAUACCAAGCGUAUGUUAUUCGUGUAAAUAGGAUAAAGGAAAAGAUUUAGCGAAUUAUCUACGUGUAUGCGCAAUCUACCCGACAGCCCCUGCGGGUAGACUUGUAAUCCGAUAAAAAAAUAACAUGUCGUAUUAUUACGUAAUAGAUCGACAAGGUGUCGCGCCAAACUACCAACGACUUAUUUGAAUAUUGUACCGUCUUUUCUAUCCUCUGAUAAUUGAUGAUUUUGAUACCUCCUCUGUAACAUUGUGGCCGUCGCAAUGUGUCCUGUCAUGGUUAUAGGCAAAUACUGUUAUUGUUUAUAAAUGACAGUUUAUUUCAGUGAAAUGCGAAUAAACAAUUCACUUUUGUUAAUUUUUAAUACCGAUCCGAACCUCCUUUGUCCGCCUUACUCCAACAUAGAUAUUUAGCAAUUAAAAAAUAGUUUAUUAACAAAUUAUUACUUCAACCUUACGUAAAGUUGUUAGUUGUAAGAAAAAUGCUUAGUGACGAAUGUUUUAAUUUACUAACGAGUAUAUAUAUACAUAAACAUGUAUUUCUGUACAAAAAUCUAUUGUGUAUUAAUUUAUCGAAUAGACGAAGUUGAAUAAACGAAAUACGACAGGGUGAUAUCACAAAA